AUGAGCGCUGCGCCGUCCGACGUAGCUGAACAGCAUUUCGACCCCGCACCUGCCAAUAAUGUUGCCCCGCUAGCGAACGCCGCUCAGCAGGAGGAAUCUGCGACGAACAAGUUUCACUCCGGCAGCACUGGUAACGGCAAAGUGCUGCCAGGGAACUCAACCACCAAGAAGCGUCUCUUGCGGAAAAACAGGAGCGUGGCGACUGUAGAGGCUGCCAAAAAGUGCAAGGAGGAGGACAAAAAGCUUGCGGACGAAAUCGCGAAGGCUCGCGAGGCCGAGGCUCGAGCAGCAAAGGAGAAGGCGAAGCGGAUUCGUGAGGCCGAGGCCGAAAGUCGCAAGAAGCGAGACCAAAAGGAUGUGCGUAUUCAGAAGGACGUAGCGGAGGAGCGGAAGCAGAGGGAGGAGCUGCAGCGCCAGCGCGAGGAGGAGGAGAAGCAGCGCAUCGAGAUGGUGCGCAAGCAGCGUGAGGAGGCUCAAAAGAAGCGCGAGGAGAUCCAGAAGCAGCGCGAGGAGGAGAUCAAGCGCCGCAAGGCUGAGAUCGAGGCAGAGAGGCAGAAGCUGAAGGAGCUGCAGGAGGAGCACGAGAGGGAGCAGGAGGAGGCCCGCCAGCGUCGCGUCGCGGAGGAGAAGGAGGCACAGAAGAAGGCCGAGAAGAAGGCCGAGGAGGCCGAAGACGAGCUUGCUGCGACGCGCCGGCAGAGGAAGGGGGAGUUGGAGGAGCUGCAGCGCCAGCGCGAGAAGGAGGAGAAGCAGCGCAUCGAGAUGGUGCGCAAGCAGCGUGAGGAGGCUCAAAAGAAGCGCGAGGAGAUCCAGAAGCAGCGCGAGGAGGAGAUCAAGCGCCGCAAGGCUGAGAUCGAGGCAGAGAGGCAGAAGCUGAAGGAGCUGCAGGAGGAGCACGAGAGGGAGCAGGAGGAGGCCCGCCAGCGUCGCGUCGCGGAGGAGAAGGAGGCACAGAAGAAGGCCGAGAAGAAGGCCGAGGAGGCCGAAGACGAGCUUGCUGCGACGCGCCGGCAGAGGAAGGGGGAGUUGGAGGAGCUGCAGCGCCAGCGCGAGGAGGAGGAGAAGCAGCGCAUCGAGAUGGUGCGCAAGCAGCGUGAGGAGGCUCAAAAGAAGCGCGAGGAGAUCCAGAAGCAGCGCGAGGAGGAGAUCAAGCGCCGCAAGGCUGAGAUCGAGGCAGAGAGGCAGAAGCUGAAGGAGCUGCAGGAGGAGCACGAGAGGGAGCAGGAGGAGGCCCGCCAGCGUCGCGUCGCGGAGGAGAAGGAGGCACAGAAGAAGGCCGAGAAGAAGGCCGAGGAGGCCGAAGACGAGCUUGCUGCGACGCGCCGGCAGAGGAAGGGGGAGUUGGAGGAGCUGCAGCGCCAGCGCGAGGAGGAGGAGAAGCAGCGCAUCGAGAUGGUGCGCAAGCAGCGUGAGGAGGCUCAAAAGAAGCGCGAGGAGAUCCAGAAGCAGCGCGAGGAGGAGAUCAAGCGCCGCAAGGCUGAGAUCGAGGCAGAGAGGCAGAAGCUGAAGGAGCUGCAGGAGGAGCACGAGAGGGAGCAGGAGGAGGCCCGCCAGCGUCGCGUCGCGGAGGAGAAGGAGGCACAGAAGAAGGCCGAGAAGAAGGCCGAGGAGGCCGAAGACGAGCUUGCUGCGACGCGCCGGCAGAGGAAGGGGGAGUUGGAGGAGCUGCAGCGCCAGCGCGAGGAGGAGGAGAAGCAGCGCAUCGAGAUGGUGCGCAAGCAGCGUGAGGAGGCCCAGAGGAAGAGGGAGAAACUGAAGGAGAGGGACAUCAAGGAAGCGGAGGAGAUCAAGCGCCAGCGAAAGGAAGAGCUGGCGGAGCUGCAGAAGAGGCGGGAGAGGGAGCAGGAGGUGCAGCGCAAGAAGGUCGAGGAGCUUCGCACGAAGGGCAAGAAGGACUCGAAAAAGGAGCAGAUUCUAAAGGAGAAGAGGAGGACUGCUGCUGCGGAGCGAGAGCGCCUGGAGGAGCAGCGCAGGAAGCAGAAGGAAGAGGAGGAAAAGGAGCUAGAAGCGAAGCACAAAAGGGUGAUGGAGCAGCUAGAAAAGAACUACAACAUCGUUGACGAGGAGGAGUACGAGCGGGAACGGGAGAAGGCGAGACAGAUGAGGGAAGAGCAGGAGAAGGCAGCUGCCGUGGCCCUCGGACUUGCGUAG